AUGCAAGACCCAACAACAUUUCAACCCAUGAAACCCCAAUUUCCAGAGCAAGAACAGCUGAAAUGCCCACGCUGUGAGUCCCCUAACACCAAGUUUUGCUACUACAACAACUACAAUCUCUCACAGCCUCGUCACUUUUGCAAGAACUGCAGAAGGUACUGGACCAAAGGUGGCUCUCUGAGAAACAUCCCUGUUGGUGGUGGAAGCAGAAAGAACACAAAGAGAUCAUCAUCGUCUGCUUCAAAACGCUCCUCAUCAACUUCCUCGUCAUCAGUGUCAAGCUCAUCAGCAGCAACCGCAGCAGCUCAGAACCCGGAUCCACAGCCUGACCGAACCCGGGUCUAUGGCCCGAAAAUCGAUCAAGACCGUGGGGUGCUGGACAUUUCAGGGAGCUUCAGCUCACUCCUGACUUCAAAUGGGCAGUUUGGGUCUCUUCUGGAGGGUCUGAACCCAAAUGGGUCGGGUCUAAAACUGAUGCAAAUGGGUGACUUUGGGGUGAACUUGGAUUCAGGUAAUGGGUUGAAUUCGGAUCCGGGUGUGAACCCGGGUUUGGAGGCCCAGAGCAAUGGUAACCCGGAAAGCUAUAUGGGUUUGCAAAAUGGUGAUUCUUCAAGCUGUUGGAAUGGGGGCAAUGGGUGGCCUGACCUUGCCAUUUAUACACCAGGUUCAAGUUUUCAGUAG